UAUAUAUGCAGAGACAACAUUAUUUGACUCUUGUGGCUGUGUAUUGUGCAACAGUCCCUCAGAACUCGGCAGCUAGAAAGAUUGAAGCAUUGCACAACACAGAUAAAGCAAGUCAGAAAUUCACAAGUGUCUGGUUUUCCGAAUUUUGAAGUAAAUCACCUUUGAAAUUUCACAUACCUCAUAAGAUUUUUGGGAUUCCAUUGGUAUUGAACUCUGUUCAGCUUCCUGCCAUUUUCUGCACACCAGGCUUCACCUUGUAGUCCAACACAUCUGCUCCCUAAGUUUAUAGCAUGUCAGCAAGGUUGAUAUUUGUGGUACGCACUAUAGAACAACGCAGAGUUUGUGGUAUAUAAGAUGGCAUUAACCUAGAUUUAGAGCAGUUAGGUAGAAACCUUUCCUCUUCUAAUAAAACUCUGUAGUUGCUUCAAACAAGACUAGAUGACUGUGGAUGAAGUGGAUAGUAGCUCUGAGUGGAGCAGAGAGCAGGAUAAAGCAUUUGAAAAUGCGUUGGCAACUCAUCUGGAGGAUGCUUCAGAUCGAUGGGAGAAGAUUGUGGCUGACGUGCCGGGGAAGACUAUAGAAGAAAUCAAACAGCAUUAUGAGCUCUUGGUUGAAGAUAUUAACCAGAUCGAAUCCGGUUGUGUGCCUCUUCCGUCUUAUAAUUCUUCUUCAGAGGGCUCAACAAGCCAUGCUAGUGAUGAAGGAGCUGGCAAGAAGGGCAGCGGUCCUGGACAUUAUAGCAGUGAGUCUAAUCAUGGAACUAAGGCUUCAAGAUCAGAUCAGGAACGACGAAAGGGGAUUGCUUGGACUGAGGAUGAACACAGGUUAUUUCUUCUGGGCUUGGAUAAGUAUGGCAAAGGUGACUGGCGAAGCAUAUCAAGGAACUUUGUGGUGACAAGAACACCUACACAAGUAGCAAGCCAUGCCCAAAAAUACUUCAUUCGUUUGAACUCCAUGAACAAAGAUAGAAGGCGAUCCAGCAUACAUGAUAUCACCAGCGUUAUCAAUGGAGACAUUUCAGCACCUCAAGGACCAAUAACCGGUCAAACAAACGGUUCUGCUGGAAAUUCUACUGCCAAAGCAGCCAAAACGGACACCCCGGCAUCAACAGGGGUGCCAGGUGUUGGUAUCUAUGCUGCUCCAACCAUUGGACAACCAAUAGGAGGACCCUUAGUAUCUGCUGUUGGCACCCCAGUGAACCUUCCUGCACCUGCACACAUGGCAUAUGGAGUCCGAGCCCCGGUUCCCGGUGCAGUCGUACCUGGUGCACCAGUAAAUAUGGGCCCUAUGACGUACCCUAUGCCGCAUACAUCGGCUCCUCACAGGUGAAGUGCUGUUUAGAGGCCUAAUGUACAAAAGAAACAAGAGAUUAGUGGUGGCUUCUGCAGUGAAUGGAAUUCUUUUCUAGACAAUUGCUUUUUGCUUAUUAUAUGCAACAAUGAGUUAUGCAUAAUCAGUCAUUUCAAAUAAGCCAUAUGAGGAAGCAAUUGAACAUGGAAUGUUUGACAGCCUUGACAUAGGACAGCAUAAGUACGGUUGUUUUGUAGACAUUUGAAUUGGCUAUUGUUAAACCGUGCUACAGAGGAAGGUUCUAUGGAUUUUAAGUGUAAAUUAUUGUUUCACUCUUAGUUUUUGUAGGAAAUAAACUCUUCACCUGUGAAUCUAUGAUCUACCUUAAUUUUACGUGUGUAAGUUACUACAA